GCAGCAGCCAAAAGGGAGGAAUACAUGUGAAGGGUAAAAAAAAAGUUGCUCGCGGUGUAGAGUCACUCGCGCUCCUCCAGCUUCACUUUCAGCCUCCUCCGUUUCCCAAAGGCUCAGUGCGGCCGCGAGCGCUCUCUCCGGUUCACCGUGGCGAGCUGUGGCUCGAACAAGGAGCUCCGCACCGUAAAGAACCGACUCAGACCUUUGACGGAGUCGCCGCGCGGCCACAGGCUGUGAGUUUCGUCGGGGGGACGCAGUUUGGAGAGGUUUUACGCAUUGCGCAGGAUGCAGGCGCGCUACUCCGUCUCCAGCCCCAACUCUUUGGGAGUCGUACCGUACAUCAGCAGCGACCAGAGCUACUACCGGGCCGGUGGUGGAUACACCGGGAUGCCUGCGCCCAUGAGCAUGUACUCCCAUGCGGCCCACGACCAGUACCCGGCCAGCAUGGCCCGCGCGUACGGACCGUACACCCCGCAGCACCAGCCGAAGGACAUGGUCAAACCUCCGUACAGCUACAUCGCCCUCAUCACCAUGGCGAUCCAGAACUCACCGGAGAAGAAGGUCACCCUGAACGGGAUUUAUCAGUUUAUCAUGGAGAGGUUCCCGUUCUACCGGGACAACAAGCAGGGCUGGCAGAACAGCAUACGGCACAACCUGUCCCUCAACGAGUGCUUUGUCAAAGUGCCCCGGGACGACAAGAAGCCCGGUAAGGGCAGCUACUGGACCCUGGACCCGGACUCCUACAACAUGUUUGAGAACGGCAGCUUCCUGCGGCGCCGGAGGAGAUUCAAGAAGAAGGACGUGCAGAAGGACAAGGACGAGAGGCCGGGGAAGGACCCGUCCUCCCGCACCCCGGGCCGGGAGCAGGAGCCGCCGGCGCAGGGCGCUCAGCCGGUGCGCAUCCAGGAUAUAAAGACUGAGAACGGGAGCUCCACGCCGCCGCAGGCCGAGUCCCCGUCCCUGAGCACCGUGCCCAAGAUCGAGAGCCCGGACAGCAGCAGCAGCAGCAUGUCCACCGGCAGCCCGCACAGCGUGCCCUCCACCCGCUCCCUCAGCAUGGACGGACCCGAGCACCACCACCACGGCCAGGCCCCGGCGCAGGGCUUCAGCGUGGACAACAUCAUGACCUCCCUGCGGGGAUCUCCGCAGGCCGAGCUGUCGCCCCCUCUCAUCGCCUCCCCCCGGACAGGUAUCACCCCGUCGCUGUCGCUCAACUACUCCCCCAACCAGACCUACGGCUCCACGACCUGCAACCAGAACGUCCUCUCCUCCAACUCCAACGCGACCUAUCACUGCAACAUGCAAGCCAUGAGCCUGUACGCGGGGGAUCGAUCCACCGGCGGCCACCUGGCCCCGUCCACCACCGUGGAGGAGGCGCUGCCCGACUAUUGCAUCACCACGACCAGCGCGUCCCCGCUCGGGCACAGCAACGUGAACCAGGCGGGCCAGGACGGCCACCACGCGCACCAGGGCCGGAUCGCGUCCUGGUACGGGGACCUGAGCCACUUGAGCCCGGGGUACCCGGCGCAGCAGCAGAACUUUCACUCCGUGCGGGAGAUGUUCGAGUCCCAGCGGAUUGGGCUGAACGGCUCCCCGGUGAACGGGAAUAAUAGCUGUCAGAUGGCCUUCCCGUCCGGCCAGUCCCUGUACCGCACCUCGGGAGCUUUUGUUUAUGACUGCAGCAAAUUCUGAACACUACGAAAAUAACUCUAAUAUAUAUUUUCUAUAUUUUUUGUACCUUUGGUCUUUGCCUCCGCGGACAGAGAUCGAUCUGUUGUCGUUACUCCACAGACACGUAAGUUUCCUUCCCUCUCACUUUGAGAUUUAGUUUUUCAAGAAGUGUCAAACAGCAGCAGCUCGUUGUGACUGUAAAUUAAAUCUAAUAUAGUAAUUUAUUUUUUAGGAGAAAAAGGGGGAGUGGUUGGAUGUUGAGGACCAAACACUUUAACGUUUUCCAGUUUUCUGAUUGUGCCUUUAUUUGUCCUUGUAUAGAAAUAGAGGGGAACCCUGUAGCCUGUAUUUUAUUCAUCUUGUCUCAUUUGUUUAAAAAACCCAUUUUGAAGGCAUUACAACUGUUUCUUUAAUAAAGUGCCGUCUAUUGGAUUUUAA